AUUAACGAAAGCGCACAAACGCAGGCCCUGAGCUACGGUUAGAAACAUGCCCAAAGAAGCCACAGAGAAGAAACAUCCGGCGCCUGACUGGCUCACCCAGGACUAUGUGCAGGCGAAGCUGCGAAUCUUCUUCAAAGAUGACACUCUAAAAUUGGGCAAGUUGAGCAUCAAGCCAGCCAUUGCGAAUGGCGAGAACUUUGGCAGUGUGAUGACGCGCAUCCAUUUGGAUUAUGCAACGAAAUCCUCCAAGGGCACACAGACCACUACGUUUUUGGUGAAGACAACGUUUACGAGCAAGGAUCCGGCUGCUGAUGUGCUCUUCCCCUAUGGCGUAUAUAUCCGAGAGAUGGAUAUGUAUGAGAACAUCCUGCCCCAGCUAGCCGAGAUGGCCAGAGAGGAGUUAAAAGAUCCGCGUAAACUGUUUGCGGCGACUGUCAAUGUGGAUCGCAGUAGGGACUCCAUUAUAUUUGAGGACAUGUCGCUGGGGCAGUACAAGGUGGCCGAUCGGCUCAAGAAACUGGAUCUGGAGCAUACGCAUCUGGUGCUGGAGAAAAUGGCCAGCUUUCAUGCCACCGCUGCGGCUCUCAGCGAACGGAAGCCAGGCAUAUUUGCCAAGGACUACGAUCGAGGAUUCUUCAAUAAACACACCCGUGCCUACCAGCCGAUCAUGAUACACCUCCUCAAGGCUCUAUCUCGUUCUUUAAAGCUGGACAAGGAGCUGCAGAAAUGCUACCAAACGAAGAUCGAUCGUCUGGUGGAUAAUAUCAUGCUCUAUGGCGAACAAUCUACGACUAUCAGGUCAGGAGAUUUUGUGACAUUGGCCCAUGGGGAUUCCUGGACAACGAACUUUAUGUUCCAAUAUGACGCCAAGGGACAUCCGAGCAACAUGAUCUUCAUUGACUUUCAAUUUAGUGUGUGGAACUCUCCGGCCAUCGAUCUGCAUUACUUCUUCUCCACAUCGGUGCACGAUGAUCUGCGGCUGCACCAUCAGACGGAGCUGGUGCAGUUCUAUUACUACAAACUGAAGGCAGCCCUCAAGAAGGUCAAGUAUGGCGGCCAGAUACCAUCACUGUUUGACUUUCAGCUGCAGUUCAGGGCAAGAGCCUUCUAUGCUGUUUUCUGUACACUGCUCUUUGAGCCAGUGAUGCUCUAUGAGGGCAAGGAGGAGUCAUCCAUAGAGCAGAUACUGUCAGAGUCCGAAGGUGCCAUGCGCUACAAGGAUAGCAUCUUUCAGGUGGAGUCUGUAAGAAAGAAAUUGCAUCAAACAUUGCCAUUUCUGGAUCAGCAGGGAUUGCUGGAUGAAAUGUGAUGUGUGUAUAUACAAAAUAUAUGGGAAUGGCAAUUGCAAUUUCACCACAAGUACUUUCUGGCACUGACCUGUGCAGGGAUAGAGGCAGGGAUAGGUCCUCAUGGUGGUGAUGGCAAUUCAGAUAGCGUUGAGGCAAAGGCAAACAUUAAAUAAAGUCUACUAAAGA